AUUUCUGGCUCUUGCGCCAAAAACACUAAAUAACUAACCUAAGUGAUUCAAAACCAGAGGACUACAGGAACUUUUUGAGAAUGGACCAAGAAAGUUUUGAUCAUCUACUGGAUUUACUCCGCCCUGACAUUGAGAAGACAGAUACAAAGAUGCGUGAAGCGAUUUCUGCAAGUCAGAGAUUGUCUAUCACAUUGAGGUACCUGUCGUCUGGCAUGGAUUUAGCUGAUCUCAAAUUCACGUGCGCCAUUGCUCCACAGACUCUGCAACUCAUCAUAAUGGAAACUUGCUCUGCAAUGAUCAAGGCAUUGAAGGAGAACAUUCAGGUUAGUAAUUAUAGCCAAGUAAAUCUCUUUAUAUUUGUCCCAAAAACGACGGAUGGAUGGAAACGAGUUGCACAGGAAUUCGAAGAACAAUGGAAUUUCCCCAACUGCGUCGGGAGCACUGACGGCAAACACGUAUCAAUCCAAAAACCUCCCCAUUCUGGAUCCUACUAUUUUAAUUACAAAGGUUUUUUCAGCAUCGUGCUUAUAGCUAUUGUUGAUGCAAAUUAUAAAUUUCUGAUGGUCGAUGUCGGAGCAAAUGGCCGAGUGUCAGAUGGAGGUGUGUUGAAGAACACUUUGUUUUGGCACAAGUUGUCUGAGAACCAGCUUAAUAUGCCUGAUCCUCGAGAGUUACCAGGCACUCCUAAUAAACAAUUUCCGUACGUCUUCGUUGGAGAUGAAGCUUUCCAACUUCUCCCUGAAUUCAUGAAGCCCUACAACAGAGCUGCUUUGACGAAUGAGAAAAGGAUUUUCAACUAUAGACUCUCACGAUCCAGAAGAGACGUUGAAAAUGCUUUUGGUAUAUUAACGAAGAGAUUCAAAAUACUUCAAAACACCAUUAAAUUUGAACCAAUGAAAGCUAGAAAAAUCGUAAUGGCGAGUUGCCAUUUGCACAACUAUUUAUGCUCAAAAAACAGAACCAAGUAUUUGCAAUCUCAGGAUAUUGACAGAUACGAUGUCCUGACUGGUGCUGUGGAACCUGGGUCAUGGAGACAAGACAUUGCACAGAUGGUACAGCUUCAAAGAACCAAAGGCAAUUCUACAGUAGAGGCAAAAAGAAUAAGGGAUGACUUCUGCGAAUUUUUCAACACGUCUGGGUCAGUUCCGUUGCAAAGCAAGUGCCUUGUGUAAUGUAGAUGAAUAAGUAAUAACAUUACUCGUAAUAUAAAAUAAAUAUGAAUAUCUACUGUAAAAAUAAAAUAAAAUUCUUACCUCCGAAGUAUCAGUCUGUGCGAUUUCCAAUUGGGCUUUUAUGAAGUAUAUUUCAUUGAAAUACCAAAGUGAGGGUUCAGGGAUGUCAUCCGCAGACG